AAAAGUCUACAUUAUACCGACGGUAACUGUGAGCUUAUUAGUAAUGUGUUCAAUCUUCUUUUCGCCAAGAGUUUUGUUUUAUACAUAUGAGCUAAAUUCCGGAGAAAAUUACGUAUGUCAAACGUUCAACGGCAGAUUGGGCAAUCACCUGUAUCAGUAUGCGUCUAUUUAUGGCAUAUCAAAAGUAAACAACUUGACAAUAAUUCUGGGAAGAAAUGAUGACCUUGUUAGAUACUUUGAAGUUCCAACUGCCCGGGUAUUUGUGAAUAGGGAUGUUUGUCAGACAUUUGUUGAAAAAUUCGCAAACCAUUGCUGUGUUUUUGAUGAAACUUUUAUGAACUUGCCGAAAAAUCAAAACUACAAGCUCGGUGUGUAUCUUCAAUCAUGGAAAUAUUUUCAACAUGUUUUUGAGGAAGUGCGAAACGAAUUGACAUUCAAGAAAGAAAUUAGAGUAAAAGCUAAGCAUGUAGUUAAUAAUUACAGGAAUAUUUAUAUAGCCAAAUAUAAAGAAAAUGUGACAGUUGUAGGUGUGCAUAUAAGACGAGGAGAUAUUGCUUCAGAAAGUUUCAAAUUAGGAGGUGUGGUACUUGUACCGGACUCUUAUGUAAGACAUGCUGUGGAUUAUUUUCUAGAAAAGUUUAAAAGUGUCGUAUUUAUAGUGUGUUCUGAUGAUAUUAAUCACGCUGUUGAAGUGAUGCGGUACAAAAAUGUAUCGGCAGAAUUUGUUCACCAGCAACCGAUAUAUGAUCUUGCCAUUUUGUCGCACUGUGAUCAUGUAUUAACAACCAGUGGGUCGUUUGGUUGGUGGGCGGGUUUUUUGUCACGUGGUACUGUUACGUAUUACAAAUAUCCAAUGAAAGAAGGAACAUUUGAAAGAUCUGAAUAUAAUUAUGAUGACUAUUUCCCUCCUGUCUGGAUAGGUUUAGAUUAAUUUUUUUAGAAUUUUUGUAAGCAUUCAAAUGUAUGGUUCAAGAUAAGGUGUUUGACUAGACCCUGUCCAUAUUUUCGCAUAACCAUUAAGAAAUACCUUACUCCUAGUCUCUGGAGUAUUUGGGUUUAUUUGAUAUAAAAAUAUAGAGUUUAUAAACAUCUUUCUUUAUUUGCAUUUUUUUGUUCACAAUUACUUUGUUUACAAUAUGCCACUUUUAUGAGUAAUUAUUUCAAUAUCCUAUCGCUACUUUUUCAGGUAACAAGCAUCUAACAUUUCUCUAAAGCCAUUAUUUAUACAUUGUAAAUUUUAUGUGUGUCCUUUCUAAAGACACAAACACGUAUUUGUUAUAAUAAUGUGCCUUUAAAUAAAAUUCAUUAAACUUACCCCUAUGGAGGAUAAUUGACAUAUUUUCCUAAUGUAACUGAAAUAUUUAAUUUAUAUGAAGCACUUUCUUAUUUGAGGUUCAUUGGAGAUGAAUAUUCGUUGUGUAAAAAACAAUACACAUUGUCUAUUCGAGCGGCUAAAAAAAAAAACAACAACAAACAACAA